AUGGUUGGUUUCCAUUUCAAAAGUGGAUGAUUUGAAUACAUCUCACAUGUUUCUUAUAACGCGUCAGUGUAAAUUUUAUUGGGAAAAGUAUUGGUUGCAGAUGGGUGGCAAACGUGGCCGUGGAGGGCAAGGUGGAGGAAACCAAGAACGUGUACGAACUCAUCUUUUCUUCGCUUCUCAGCCCGAACGAACUCACCAGAAGCGGAAGCGUCGAACUCAUAGUGAGUUAAUUUCUAAUCAGUUUCAUGAAACCAUUAGCUACUUUUAUUUUCAAAAAAUAUGGUCGUCGCUUUUAAAUAUUUAUAUAGAAAGAUCAGAGAAAAUUUAGACAAACUGCACGCGACAUCUCAUAAAAAAGACGAAAUGGUUCAAGCAGGAUCGAGCGAAGUGGACCCAUUACAAUGGACAGGUUAACCCGAAAAACUAAUUUUAAAUGUUUCCAUCGUUUCUAGGUAAUCAACGCGUUCUUCAUUUCGGUCCAAUGGCUCAGCGCGAUCCUUAUUUUUAUUAUUAUCCAAAAGGUUGGGACAUUCUAUAUCCAGCUCAAUUCGGCUUUUUCCCGUAUCGCACAUCGUGAGUUUUUUCAUUGAUUUUUUUCCGGGUGAACACAUAAUGAGUUCUUCGCAGGAAGUUCCGUGGCUCAGCUUCUGUAAUUUGUUGUACGGCGUUUGGGGUAUUUCUUCUCAUCGGCGGCUCUUUGAUGUGCUUUCUUGGCUUUUUUGUUCUUUAUGAUCUGCCUUUUUGGAGUUGGCCUGAAGAAAAUCGCAUUCGACCUCCUCCAAUUCAGGUAAUUAUUCCUUUUUUGUUACCAAUUUUUACUAGGCCAGAUUUUAGAUUGCCGGUCCGAUUUUGCUAUUGAUAGGUGCUUUAUUACUGCUAUGCUCGUUUCAUUCACACGAUUUGUACCACCAAAGUACGCUUUUUAAAAGUUAUAUUUGCAUUUUUUUGAAGUUCAGCUUUUCGACUUUUCUCUACACCACACGCGGAAGCAUGAAGGCCCUUCUAGAAUAACUACAAUAACCACUCAUUACAUCGUCAGUUUUCGUUCAUUUUGUCCUCUCACGAUUCGAAUUUCAGCCCCUUCCACCAAUUUUCGAUAAAAACCCAUAUCAACCCCUUCCGCCGCCCGCAUAUCCCGUCUUGGAGAACAAAUAUGCUCAGUCGAACAUCGUCAAGCCACACGACGAAAAGAAGCUCUAUCCUCCUGUGUAAGUGUUUUGAGAGCAAUUCGAGAAAUUGUUUUUGUUCAGCAUUCCUGGAUGUUCCACAAUGUCGCUCCAUCGCAAGUCCCCUAACAACAUUUUCGUGGCAAGUCCUUACAAUACUCUCCGAGCCACCAGUCUCUCCAAGUGAGUAUUCUCGUUAUUUCACUCCAAUUUUGGAUUUGAAGGUACCAAGCAGGUAUCCUCGACAAUUCCGUCCUGGAAAAUCGCUUCGGGUCUAGGCAAACGUCAGUUAUCAGUAGACAAUCGGAAGUUUCCAGUCAGAAAAGGUUCAUCGUUUUUUAAAUAUUCUCUGUAACUCUGUUAAGAUCGAAAAGUAUGGGACCUCUCCAUCGGACAGGCUCGAAUCGCAGUUCCAACAGGUCCCGAAGACGUGAAAAUAGUCAAUUUUGAACAUUUUACGAAUCUAGAAAUUGUUCAAAUUUUUUUUGCACAGAAGCCGUAUGCAUUAAAUAGGAAAACCGUUUUCUUUGUUUUCCUGAAGUAGGAGAAUCUUUUAAAAAGAGUAUUUUGUACAUCAAAAACUCCUCUUCCGUAUCGGACCUCUUCUUGAAUUUUGACUAAAGCGAAAAUAUCAAGUAAGAUCAAUUUAGAGCGUUUGAGGCUUUUGUUGUUGAGGAAAAGAGGAAAACCGUGAUCCUCUUUCAAGCAUACGGUAUCGGGAAUUAUUGCACAGAACAGGAUUUGAUUGUGUUUUUAAGGAUCAAAUGUGUACAUUGUCCUAAUCAAAAUAAAGUUUUAUAGAGUCUUAUCUCAAUUUUUGUGUGAUUCACCGUUAUCUACGGCGCAUGUUUCUGGCUUCGCAGUAUAUUUUUUCCUUGAAAAUAAUGAUUUUUUUAAAAGAUCAAAUGAUAGUUUGAGAGGCCACAACUGCCGAUAAAAUGGUUGAAGAGCAGGACAACGAAGAGUUUGGCGUGAGUUUCCUUGUUUCCAUACCUCAUUCUUGCAGCCUUUUCUGCGCUUUUUCUCCUUGCGGCAAUCACAAGAGAAUCUAUGAAAAAUCAAGACAAGCCAAAAUGUUUGAUGUUUUAUUAGAAUAAAGAGUUUUCUUAUUUUUUCAGUAUUAUGAUCAGAACAAUUAUCAUCUAGGAGUACUCGCCGGCGGCCGAGCCAGCGUAUUCCGACGGAAGCGAAUCGGAAUCAGAAGACGUGUCUCCGUCGGCCGUUCUGAUCUCGCCUCCGGGACGUCGUCAACACGCCUACGACGACACCUUCUACUACGAGGGCGAGUUCAGCCAGGAGAGCAGUGGCCAACAAGAAUAUCCACCGCCCAACAAAAGAGCCCAUCGUGAAGAAGAAUCUAGCUCGGUUUGUCUUUUUUUUUUUAACUUUUCUUGAGCAAGAUCUUUUUUUUUAUCUUUUUCGAAGUCGUACUUUAGUAGAUUAUAGAAGAAUAUUUUCAUUAUUAUAACUAGGGCAGGUUUUAGCGGGCUUAAGUUAUUCUCACAGCUAGUUCAAGUUUGUCUCAGAUGAAAAUGUACCUAGAUCAGUUCUUGUUGAAAAAUAAAAUCUACCCAGGAUAUCUUAAAAAUCUCAUCAACGUAUAUUCAGUUGUAUCUGUGUAUGAACUUCACAAGAAAAAUUCAAAAAAAUUAUUAAAGAAAAAAAUUUUUGGGAUCCCAGGUAUCAAUUAGAAUCCUAGACGUUGAAUCAUACUUUAUCAAAUUCUGAAGAAACAAUUAAUUUUCAGUCGGCGACUCAGGAACCAAGAGUUCUUUCGGAGCCUCGAGGUCCUACUGGCCGUCGAUUUUACUUCAUAAGCGUCAGGACGAUCGAGUUCGCCAUUCCGGAAGGCUACGACAUCGAAGAAGGAUCCAUUGAGUAUCUGGGAGGCGGCGCCUACGGCAACUGCAUGUUGGUCGAGAAAUCGUCAAUUUGAACUCUCAUUUCCUUUCAGUAGAACAAAUGCGAAAUGCCGCGAUGGGAAAGUUCGAGGGGUGGCUAUCAAGAAAUUCCGCGAUCCAUUUGUCAAUCCCACUCAGGUAUAUAAUGCCUUUGUGACCUUUUAUAGUUAAUUGUCGUGGUUUGAAGUCGCGAAGAAUCUGCCGAGAGAUAAAAUUGCUGCAAUUGAUGCGCCACGACAACAUCAUCUGUGCGAUGGACCUCUACACUCCGGACAAUUCUGAAGAAGAGUUCAGAGAUAUGUGAGCCAUAUUUUCAACGAAAACUUGGAAAUUUUCAAUUUUCAGCUAUGUUGUUACGGAGUUUGCGGGCCGAAGCAUCUAUCGUAUUCUUCGCACCCAAAAUUUGAGCCGAGAAAAGGUUUUUAAUUUUUUUUUAACGGAGCUCAACGUAAUGUUAAGAUUCUGAAUAACGACCACGUCAAGUUCAUCGUUUAUCAGCUGCUCCGUGCUUUGAAAUACAUUCAUUCCGCAAAUGUAGGCUUUUUUUCUAACUUUGCUCCCCUCAAAGCCGUUUUGAAGAUAAUCCAUCGCGAUUUGAAACCUGGAAAUUUGGCUCUCACCGACGAUUCUGACUUGACUGUGCUUGACUUUGGAUUGGCUCGAUCGUUGGAAAAUCAUGUUCGUAUCCCUUUUUCACCGGAAAAUUUCUGUUUUUCUUUCGCAGGAAUCAAGUCUCACUCAGUACGUGAUGACUCGCUGGUACCGUAGUCCUGAGGUUAUUUAUUGGAACAUCGACACUUACACUAGCAAAGGUAGCUGGAAAAAGGUUUUCACUGAUGAUUUCUUCUCGUUUCAGCGGAUAUGUGGUCGGUUGGAUGCAUCGCAGCGGAGUUGCUGACCGGCGAACCUUUGUUUCCGGGCGAUGACGGUAGUUGAUCGAGAAAAAUCAUAUUCAAAUUGAGAAAGUUCAGCGAGUAUGCAGUACGCGAGAAUCACCUUGCUGUGCGGAAGUCCGGACAAAGAACUUCUGGACAAGGUAAGCGGUUUUCGAAAAAUCAAAGAUUAUAUUAGGCGAGCUUUUGAAAAUUUAAGCCAGUUCAGCAGCAGUUCAUGUGAAAAGUUUCAGAUCGAGAGGAACAAUUCGAGAGCAACUCGACGAGUUGUUGAAUCUUUCAAGGCCUACAAACGGCAGUCCUUCGCGAGAUACUUCGAACCCUACACGCCGGCGCCUGGAUUCGUCGAGUUCCUGGAAAAAAUUCUCGUGUUAGACCCGGAAAGAAGGUUUUUCUUAUUAAAAAAAUGUUUUCUUAUUAAAACUUUUUCUUAUUAAAACAAAAUGAUCGGAACUGAAUUUUAUCGUUUCUUGAAAAAUUGCUCUGUUAACGAUUCGCAUUCUUUAAUAGUUUCUGUACUAUCCAACAAGUAACCGUGUUAUUUAAGAUGUGAGCUUCAUGAAAAAAUAUUUGUUCUUCAAAUAAAGCCUUCAAUUAUUUUCCCUUUUCCUGAUUGGUCAUCAGGAAAACUGUCAGUCCAAUAAUUAUACUGCAGAAUGACGGUGGAGGAAGCUAUCCAGCACCCUUACCUCAGAGAAUAUUACCUUCCCGAAGACGAGCCCGUGGCCUCGCAGGCCUUCGAUUUGGAUGAUUCUGAGGCCAGAUCGUGCUCCCAAUGGAAAAGUUGGCGCUCCGUAUGAUUUCUUCGUUGAUCAAGAUUGUUGCAGCGAUCGUCUGGAAAGAGAUCGUCAACUUCAAGCGCGAACAGCACUCGCCUCUCCUGUCGGGCGAGUCCCCAUCUGCCUAA